CGGUUCCCAAGGCGACACUUCCUCCGGCAGCCGAAAGCGGUAGUGCCGGGAGCGUCGGGAGCGCCGCGCCGGGGAUGCUCGGGCCGCGCCGGUAGCGCUCGGCCGGGCGGUGCCAGGCAUGCAGGGCAAGGCCAAGCUGCUGCUGGUCCACAACGGCCGCAUGGGCCCGGCUGUGUCGGAUGGAGAGUUAAACGCCUCCAGGGCCCGUGGCAGCAACCACAGCGUGAACAGCCUGACAGGACCGCCGACCACCUGUGGCUCCACACAGGGGUCUGUGGUCAGCUGGGCUGAAUCUUUCGAGACGUUGCUGCAGGACCACGUGGCCGUCGCCUACUUCACUGAGUUCCUCAAGAAGGAGUUCAGUGCUGAAAACGUCUACUUCUGGCAGGCAUGCGAGCAUUUCCAGCAGAUUCCAGCCAGCAACACGCAGCAGCUGGCCCAGGAGGCGCGGCGGAUCUACGAUGAGUUCCUUUCCAGUCACUCGGUCAAUCCAGUGAACAUAGACAAGCAGGCCUGGAUUGGGGAGGACAUGCUGGCUACCCCCUCCCCAGACAUGUUUCGCACCCAGCAGCUCCAGAUCUUUAACCUGAUGAAGUUUGACAGCUACACGCGCUUCGUGAAAUCCCCACUCUACCAAGCCUGCCUGCGGGCAGAGAGCCAGGGGCAGCCCCUGCCUGACCUGCAGCCCCACUCCCGCAGCAGCAGCCCCCCGCCUGACCUUAGCAAGAAGUCAAAGCUGAAGCUGGGCAAGUCCCUGCCACUGGGUGUGGAGACGGCAGGCAGUGGUGCCAACCGCAGUCCCCGGCGGUCCUUCAGGAAGGGAGAGCGUCGGGAGCCCUCCUGGGCAGAGGGGAGAGAAGGUGGUGGGAGUGCCAUGCUGUGGCGAGAGUCCCAGGGCUCACUCAACUCCUCGGCCAGCCUGGACCUGGGCUUCCUGUCCUCUGCCAGCACUGCCGCCAGCACGGCUGCCAGCCCGUGGACCGAGGGCCAUCGGAAGAGCCUGGGUGGCAGUGAGGCAGAGCUGUCUACCAAGCCCAUGAAGUACUGCUGUGUGUACCUGCCUGACGGCACAGCCUCGCUGGCCUCUGUCCGGCCUGGCCACUCCAUCCGCGACAUGCUGGCAGGGAUAUGCGAGAAGCGUGGCUUCAGCCUCCCCGACAUCAAGGUCUAUCUGGUGGGCAAUGAGCAGAAACCAUUAGUGCUGGACCAGGAGUGCUCCGUGUUGGCAGACCAGGAAGUGAAGCUGGAAAACAGGAUAAGCUUUGAGCUGGAAAUCUCCUCCCUCAACAAGACCAUCCGCAUCACAGCAAAGUCAACCAAGCGCAUCCGGGAAGCACUGCAGCCUGUGCUGGGGAAGUACGGCGUGAGCGUGGAGGUGGCAUUGCUGCGGCGGCAAGGUGAGCCAACCACCCUGGACCUGGAGAAGCUGGUCAGCACAGUGGCUGCUCAGAAACUCAUCCUGGAAACGCCAACUGACAUGCGAGUGACAGAGAGUGCUGAGGCUGCUGCUGCCCCCUCCCCCCUCCAGAGCGAGGAGGGAAGCCCAACAGCAGCAGAGUCUGAUGUGCUGUGGGAGAUGCCAUCUUCCUUCUCCCGUCCCCGGUCUUCAGCUGCCACGAACCUGAACCGCCGCACGUAUGACCUGGAAGGUCUGGUGGAGCUACUGAACCGUGCCCAGAGCUGCCGGGCCAACGACCAGCGUGGGCUGCUCUCCAAGGAGGACUUGGUCCUGCCUGACUUCCUUCAGCUCCCAGGGCAGGAUGACAGGGCCUGUGAGGGGUCAGAUCAGCCCCAUACCUCUCACCCAGGCUCCGAGGGGAAUGUCCAUCCUCAGCCUGCACAAGCUCAGCCUCCAGUUGACCAUGAGCCCCGAUGAGUCCUGCUGCAUGUCCACACCCAGUGCAUGGUACCCUCGGGCCAUGCUGGGGUUCAACACGGGGUCUGACCAGCCCCUGCCUUGCACUGCCGACACUGCCUGGACCGCAGAUUCGUCCACGUCCUGUCCCAAACUAUUGUGUCGUGUCGCUGUGAGUUGGCUGAGCAGCUGCCAUGGCCCUCGGUGGGGUCACAUCCUGGUACAUAUGAAGGGAGUCCUGUACAUAGUUUGAACCACUGUUGCAAAGCACUUUGCAACGCCCUACACAUGCCUGGCACUGUCCUGCCCAGUGCUUCUGCCUGAGGCAGAGCUGACACCCCGGCAAAUCCUGCCUGUGCUGGGCUAGCACAGCCCCCUGGACUGUUCAGCUGGGGAAAGCACCCCUGAGUCGAAAGGUGUGCAGGGUAGAGAGGACACAGGUGGAUGGAUUGGCAAGGCGGGCUCCAGCCCCAUACCCCGGUGCUGUGGGCAGGCAGGGGCAGGCGAAUGUGUUCUUGGAGCUCAGGGCCAGAUCCAUUCCCUGACCCUGCAGAUAUAGGGGUCCCUCCGCUGUUGAUGUGUGAGUCUACCCAUCCCAGGAGGGUAAGCAUGGCCCUGCUGGCCUGCACCCCAGGCAGGUUGUUCUCUGCAUUGCGAGAGCAUGGCUGGGCCUGAUCCUGCCAAACUCAGUGCCAUUGUGGAGCAGGGCACAGAGCCAUGUGUAGUUCCUGCCCCAAGCUGAGAGAUCCAGCAGGUCAUGCCAAAGAAGCCUUCCUCCCUGCAGAGAGGUCUUGUGUGGGUGGCUGCUGAAGCAAACCCACAGGAGCAGAUAUCCAUAGCUGUCCCGUAUCUCAGCCUGAUUGGGGCCAUGGGUGUUUGGCCCUUGGGGAUCCACCUGCCUUGUCCCAGAGGAAUGCAGCACCCCUCGGUGCUGAGCAUCACAGCCUGGUGUAUGAGCGCCCAGCGUGUGCCCAGCCUGGUAUCCCUGCUGGCAACUAUGGUGAGCAGUAGCCUUAAGCCCAGCUCUGCCAGACCUGGCUGUUGCUGGCAGGUCCCCAUCCUGGGCAGCCCUAUGUGCCCAGAGGUCCCAGACCCACUCUGCAAUGGAGAAAGCCCCUCAACAGCACCCAGUCCCAUGCUGCUGUGGCCCCACGGCCUUAGUCAGAGCUCCCCUGUGUCUCCGUGGUGCUGCUCAGUCCCGUCUGUGGUGUGAAACCGGGGGAAAUAAAGAGCAUUGCCUGGACAUGCGUCCCUCUCCUUCCUCAGAUGCCGAGGCCGGACAGUGCUUUUCCUGGCAGCAAUGUCCCACCA